AUGUAAAAAUUAAGACGAGAAGCAAUAGAGAGAGCUAAACUAAAUUCAGCUUGUAAUACAAUAAUUAGUACGUUAUUGGUCGUUUUGAUCACUCUUCUUGGGCUUUUUAUAUGUGAUCUUUCAGGGAUAAUACAAUUGGAUAAACCAUUAUAAUAUAUUUCUGCAGCAAAUGCAAUAAAAGAUUAAAUACCUGAAAGAAAUUUUAUUUCAGCAUCUUAGACAGGCACACUUGAACCAUUAUAAGGAUAACAUAUAGAUAAGAUUGAUGUGAUAAAACCAUUAAUUGAUCAUAGAGCUUAUCGAUAUUUAGAAUUAGAGAAUAAUUUAAAAGUGUUAUUAAUACAUGAUCCAGAAUCUGAAAUAGCAUCAGCAGCUAUGGAUGUAAAAGCAGGAUCUUGGAACGAACCAUAUGAAUAUCCUGGUUUAGCUCAUUUUUGUGAACAUAUGUUAUUUAUAGGAUCAUAAAAAUAUCCUUAAACUGGUUAUUUUGAUGAUUUAAUGGCAAAAGGUGGAGGAUCAUCAAAUGCAUAUACAGAAGCAUAAAAUACAAAUUAUUAUUUUGAAAUUACUGUAAAUCAUUUAGGAAAAGGAUUGGAUGCAUUUGCACAUUUUUUUAUUGAUCCAUUAUUUAAUGAAGAUGCUGUGAAUAAAGAAAGAAAUGCAGUUAAUUCAGAAUAUGAAAUAGAUGUAAGUUCUGAAGAUUGGAAGGUUGUUAAUCUUUUUGCACUUUUGGCUGAUCCUCAACAUCCAGCUAGUAGAUUUAGUAUAGGAAAUAAUGAUGUUUUGGCUAAAGAAGGUGUAGUUGAAGCACUUAAAAAGUUUUAUUAAGAUAAUUAUUCAUCUAAUAUUAUGAGUCUUGCUGUUUCAAGUAGAUUAUCUUUAAAUGAAAUGGAAAAAUUGAUUAAAGUAUUCUCUAAAAUUGAGAAUAAAAAUUUGAUACCAUAAUCAGUUUCAGGAUUUCCUUAUUAAUUUGGAUUAUUAGGUAAAUAUAAAACAGAAAAGAAAUUAAUUUUAUUAAAUUGGUAAUUAAGUGGUAGAGAAUAAUUUGUUCAUUAGAAACCUUUAGAAUUAAUUGAUUAUUUAUUGAGUAAUGGAAAUCUUAAAGAUUAUUUGAAAGAGAAAUAAUUAGUGAUUGAAUUUGAAACUUCAAUAUUUAUUGAAUAAAAUCAUUUUGUUAAUUAUAUUAUAGAGUUAACUUUACCUGAAUAAACUCUUGAAGACGGUAAUAUUGCACUUGAAAUUACAAGGAUUAUUAAUAAUUACAUUUAAUAAUUAGAAGUAUGGUUAAAAGAUGACAAAUAUUUAGAAGAAAUAUUUAAAGAACAAAGUUCAAUAUCUAAAAUUAACUUUGAAUAUAUGGAAGGAACUUAAGAAAUUUCAAAUAUUGCAUAUAAUUUAAAUAAAUAUUAACCUGCAGAAGUACUGUCAUCUAGUUUUAUUAUGGAUGUAUUUGAUAAAGAUCUUAUAUUAAAAUAUAUUUCAGAAUUGAAAAAAACAGAUAAUUUAUUAAUUUUAAUUGGAGAUGAUGAAUAUUAGUUUACUGAAAAUACAUUAAAAACAAAUAAUAAAGAAUUCUUAAAAGAUAAAAGAUUAGAUAAGAAGAGUGAAAUCUAUCGUUUAGAAUAUGCAACUUAGAAAAUGAAUAAAGAUAUUAUCAAAAUUAUUACUUAAAAAGAUUUAAAAUUAUAAAAAUUAUUCAUUAAACCUUAAAAAAAUUUAUUCAUUCCAGAUAAUUUAAAAUUGGUGUCGUUAUGUGAUUCAAAUCAAUCUAAAUUACCAUAAAUGAUUCAUACUGAUCAAUUAAAAUACUAAGAUAAGGAAAGUAAAAUGAAUUUAUUACAUCAUGCAGGAUUAGAUUUAUAGGAAUUUCCAGUACAUUAAUGUAAGAAAGAGGAAAAUGAAUAUUAGAAAAAAAACCAUUAUCCAAUUCUUUUGAAUAAAGAAAAAAAUUAAUGGUGGAAAAUUUCUACAAAAUUUAAAUUACCUACUGUUUCUGGUGCUAUAUUUAUAUAAUAUACUAAGCCAUUAACUAUAAAAUAAUUUACAUCAAUUAGAAUUUACAAUUUUAUUUCAGAUGAAGAAAUUAAUAAACAACUUAGGUAACCCUUAACAACUGGAUACUCAAUUGAAUUGGAUAUGGGUAAAUAAAUUGAAAUUAAAGUUUAUGGAUUUAGUGAAAAAGUUAGAAGCUUUUUUAAAAAGAUUUGUGGAUGUAUUAAUCCAUUUAGAGAUAAAUCUAAAAGUUUUAUUUAGUUAGAUGAUAAAAAAGAAGAAUCUUCUAAUUUCAUCAGAGCUAAACAAUCACUUAUUACUUCAAUAAAAGAUAUAUUUUAAAUGAAGUUAUAUGAAUAGUCAUAUUAAUUAUAUCUUCCUUCCAUUUUGAGAAAAGAUUUCUUCAAUCCUGAAUAAGUAUUAUAAUAAAUUCCAAAUAUUACAGAAGAAUAGAUGUUUUCAGAUAUUAAAGAUAUACUUUAAAAUUCUAUUUAAGGUUCACUUUUAAUUGGAAACAUUGAUCAAAAAAAUGCUUAAGAUCUUUCAACUGAACUUGAAACUUGUAUUUAUAAAAAAGAAGAAGCACAAAAUUAAAAAUCAAAUAGAUUACCAAUUUCAGUUUUGAAUUUAAACUAAAAAAAUUGGGUAUAUGCUAAAUUUGUAGAAUCAGAUAAAGGAGAUUUAAAUGGAGUGACAUUAAAUUAUUAUUAAAUAGGUUAAAGAACUUAAGAAAAUUAUGCCUUAAUGAAAAUUCUUUAACCUUUACUUAAUUCUCAAGCUUAUAAUAAUUUAAGAACUGAUUUAUAAUUAGGAUAUGUUGUUACAAUGAAAUUCAAGUAAGUAAGUUGUAUUGAUGGGGCAUUAUUUUUAAUUUAAGGUAAUAAAGAAUUACCAAUGAAAGUGAAUGAAUUAAUUGAAGAAUUUCUAUUAUAAUUUAAUGAAUAUCUAAAAAAAUUGAAUAAAAAAUAAUUUGAAUAUUUAAAACAUAGUGCAAUUGUUGAAUUAAGAGAAAAACCAUAAACUUUAAGUGAAGAAGCUGAUAGAUUAUGGGGAUACAUUAGUACAGGAGAAUAUAAUUUUGAGGAAAGACAAAUAACUAUUGAAAGACUAAAAUCAAUUACAAAAUAAUAAGUAUUAGAAUUCUACGAAAAUGUAUUUAUAAAUAAUAAAUCUAAAAUAAGUCUUUAAUUAUAUGGGUAUCUAUAUUAUAAAAAUAUCAAAUAGGGAAGGAAUGGUAUCCUAAACACUAAGCUUGAAGAACAAUUAAGAGUUUGAUUCUUAUAUAAAAACUAAUAUGCCUGAUGGUGCUUAACUUUAUUCUGAUAUAAAAUUGUCAUAUUAUGAUUGUCCAAAUGAUGUUAGCUCAGUUUGA